CUUGUUAUAUUCUUGAAAUCGUAACAAAUACUUGCAACACUGAAGAAUCAUGAUUUUGGUUCUACGAAUGGUGUUUGCUGUAUGUCUUCUGCACCAGGGAAAUGCUGAUUAUAAGAUAGAAGUUGUGUCAGUAAGCUCGAAAGUCCCAGAUAUUGAGGUGACCUGUGAUGAUGAGGAGGGAGGCGAUACGACAAUCACAUUCGAUGAAGACCAAUACGACUCAACGUUUACAGCAGAAUUCUUCCGAUGGGACGACUACGAUGAGAAGACAAUCGAGGGAGAAGUUUGCAAUGAUGAUUACAUUGAUUAUGAAAGUGCUGAGGGACUGAUGGUGAAGAUACUCGCUGAUAUCAUAGGAGUUGAUGAUUGUCCCACCCCAGCUGGGACUUAUUAUGUGGAGAGAGAGUUUCAAGUUGAGGGCAAUGCAUUCGAUGAAUUGCUACCUCCGGGCUUUGGUAGUGGUGCAAUCAAGGUGACAACUUACCAUCCAGAUGAUGAGGGCAAAGAGGCCGUCAGUAUGUACAUCAGAAUUUCCGAGGACAACUAGGAAAAUUUUGAAGAUAUUGAACAAUAAUCUGUCAUCUGAUUGCCGUUUACAUUUUCAUUGCAUAAAUGUCGCCAUAAUAAUGUACUAGUCAAAGCGGAUUGUUCUCU